AUGCUUGUGCUUUGUGAAGAUGAGGUGGGACGUUGGACCGACGUGAGAGUCGAAGAUGCUUGCAGCAUUUUGGCUCAAGUUCCCGAGCCCCCCACCCAGUUGCAAAUGUCAUGCCUUACGUUUCGCGUACCGGUCACGACGCAGCCCAUCCUCAUCGUCGUGGAACUACCAUUGUCGGCAUGCCUUGUGGCUGCAGACGAAUCUGUACUUCAAUUCGCUGCGGAUAUUCUACGUUGUUUUCCAUUCAAACCCGUCCGCCGCGCCGCUUUUGAAAGCGACAGCGAAAGCGACGACGAUGACGAAACAGACCGCUUGACGAAAAAACCCAAGAAAUCGCUAGGCACGAAAGACGAUGUCGACGUUUCUCGUAUCCCAGGCGACGACUACUUUGCGGCAUGGAAUGCGUCGGAUGUCCAACUCGUAAGCGGCGACGACGUGGCCGCUUCGCUGGCGCCUUUGAGUCUUCCUCAUCAUGUUAUUGCGCCCCACGUGACCUCCAAACAUGCCUAUAUCGUGGCAGUCCUUCCGCCCUCAAGUACAUCUAUAGAAGGAGUGCCGAAUGUUGGGUUUCUGACGACGCAUCCCGUGGUUGCUCCUGGCUUUCUGACGGCGAUUGUGCAGACUUGCGUUGACGAGGACGGGACGACGGUCAUGUGGAAGCAGUCGGUGCUGUCGUUCAAUGGGUGUCAAGAACUCUCGGAACAUGGCGCUGGAAAGACGCCGCCAGAAAUGCUGGACAAUAUUCGCCGACGCCAUGCCUCUGGAACGUUUACCAAGCUCGUUCUACCGGCGAUGACCUGGAUCGACGUGGUGUCGAAGUAUGCGACGACGUUUCCAUGGAUACGAGGCAUCCAAGGUGACCUUCGCAUGCGCAAGAUCAUGGAAGUCAUAUUGGCAGACCCCGUGAGCAUUCGAUUGCACGUAGUAUAG